AUUUUCACCUUCCCUUUUGCUUCCCUCAAUCAUCACACCUCUCUAUGAUUUCUCUCCUCUCUCAAUAAAAAAUUUCCUUCACUUUCUCUCUAACCAAGCAAAAACGAACCUCCUAUCAUUCCCUUCACGAAAAACGCAUUUCUUAGAGUUCUUUUCUUAUAUGACUUUCUUGAAAAAAUUCAAAAAAAAUUAAAGGUCUUAAAGAUUUGCACUUUCUAUUGAAAAUGUGGUCUAAUAACAACGAAGACAAGAAUUCUCCGGCGAAGGGAUUCUGGACACCGCCGGCGUCAUGGAGGUCUCAACAUUUUCCGGCGGUUGCCAUGAUGCCAAUGUCAGAGAGGAAAGAAAGGGUGUCUUCUCCUAGUUGUAAACGUGAUAUUUUUCAUGUUAUUCAUAAAGUCCCUGCCGGUGAUUCUCCUUAUGUCAGAGCCAAACACGUCCAGUUAAUAGAGAAGGAUCCAAGCAAGGCUGUUUCCCUAUUCUGGGCUGCUAUCAAUUCUGGGGAUCGAGUUGAUAGUGCCUUGAAAGACAUGGCAGUGGUGAUGAAGCAAUUGGAUCGAGCUGAUGAGGCAAUUGAGGCGAUCAAAUCCUUUCGUCAUCUCUGUCCCUAUGAUUCCCAGGAAUCUAUUGACAAUGUGCUAGUUGAACUUUACAAGAGAUCUGGAAGGAUUGAAGAAGAGAUUGAAAUGCUUCAAUGCAAACUGAAGCUCAUUGAAGAGGGUAUUGCUUUUUCUGGCAAGAAGAUAAAGACUGCCAGAUCUCAAGGGAGGAAGAUUCAAAUAACUGUUGACCAAGAAAGAUCAAGGAUAUUAGGGAAUUUGGCGUGGGCUUGCUUACAGCAUCACGAUUAUGGUUUGGCUGAACAAUAUUACAAGAAAGGUAUAUCUUUGGAGCCAGAUCAGAACAAGCAGUGCAACUUGGCUAUCUGCUUGAUGCACAUGAACAGAAUUCCAGAAGCAAAAUCUCUGCUUCAAACCGUAAAAGCUUCAUCUGGAAUUAAACCAAUGGAUGAUUCCUAUGCUAAAUCUUUCCAGCGUGCCUGUCAAAUCCUGACUGAAUUAGAGUCACAUUUAAUAGUUAAACCAACCGAACAAGAUGAAAAAGUUCACCAAAGGUCUUUGGCAUUGCCUACCACCAGAAAUUUGAAAGAGAUUGCUAGCUCCCGGAAUGGAGAUGUUUCGGGAUUCGUGGACUCUAGAAAGUGCACAGGUGUAUUUAAUGAAGAUAGAGUGCUGUCAGAUGAACAUAAUAGAAGAUCUUAUUUGCAGAAUCACUCUGAGAAUGAGAAAAGCUUCUUUGCAUCCAAUAAUAGGAGUUCUCAAUGUAUAUCACCUGGACUGAGAGGUGGUCCCCAGUCUUCUCCACAAACCGCAGUUGAAAAUAGCUGGAGGAGAGAUUCUAGUUUUGCCAGCCCAGGUGAAAGGCUUGGUUUUGCCAGCAAAAUGCAGGAUUAUCGGUUUAGUUUUGCUGAAAUAGGCCCAAGUUCAGAACAGAAGAAGACAUUUACAUCUCCAGCCAUACAUACACAACCAAGAAGAUGUUGCUGGGGGUUCGAUAAUGUAGAUCAGAGAAGGAUAAGGUGGGGAGAGGAUACAGCUGAGACAGAAAAAGAGAAUGCAAUCCGGAAUCUCUCUGGAAAACUAUUAGACUUAACUGAUAAUCAUACAAGCUGGAAAAGAAAUGUUCAGGAAAGUGGUCGCCAAAGGAAAUCUGCAACAGAAGACAGUAACACAAGUCUAAAGUGUUCCACGGAGCAGACCGUGGUUAUUGACAAUGCAGGGGUAUCAAAAGCCUCCACUACUUGUGACUGGGAUCAAUCAGCAGAAACUUUUGGAAAUAAGUAUCUUGGAAAGGACAGCUCACUCAAAUCUCAUCGCAAGAGUUGGGCAGAUAUGGUUGAAGAAGAAGAAGAAGAAGAAGAAGUGGACCUGUUAACUACAGACCUUGGCCAGAGUUUCCAUAGUUGGAAUUAUGAAGGAGCAUGCAGUGAUGAAAAUCUAAAUGUCAACACAUUUCAUCAGAAUUCUUACCAAAAGAAUCAGCUAGGAACUAUAUGUCAAAAACUUGAAGCAGCUGAUCUUCAAGAUGGCUAUGCUACAUCCUUGAAUGCAGUUUCAUCAAGGAAUUCCAAUGCGCGACGCUCACUGUCUUACGAAUCUGCAGAGGAUGUGAAUACAAAGAGGAGAAACAGGUUGCAGGUUUUCCGAGACAUAACUCCUACUCCAGAUAGUCCAUGAGCUUGAAUCAAAAUACGUCAGAAGUGGAUAUAAUUCAGUGAUGUUUGAGAGUUUUUGAACUGCACCGAUCAAAAUCAUGUAAUAUGGAGUGUUUAUUCUUUUUUCUAUCUCAAAUUUUUUCUGCUUGGUGAGAUACUGUUGCAUCAAGCAUUGUGAUGUCUUUUUCAGGCCUUCUUCCCGCCUUCAUUGUUUCCUUGUAUAGUGAGUGUAUCCAUGUCACUCAUCAAUCAUGAUAUUAAACACAAAACUUCUAGUUCUGAUUA